GUCCACAACCGCUUCCGCUUUCCGCUGCCUCCGCUAUACUACAAAAGAGAGAGACGCCUUUGGCCUUUUCCGCUUUAAAACACCACACAGUGACACACACACCGCGAGCGCGCCGCUCGCGAGUAGAGUGGGAGUUCGGUUCGGCGAGGCGAGACCGGCCAUGGCGGCAUCGGAGACCGCGCCGUUCGGCGUCUCGGCGGCAUCCAAGGGCGGCGGCGGGGUGGCGGGGGCGAGGGCGCAGCACGGGCAACUGGCGGUGGCGGGGCGGGUGCACGACGCGCUCGUCUUCGCGGCGGGCGCGGUGGCGGCGGUGCUCGUGCUGCUGGCCACGGCGUCGUUCCUGUCGCCCAUGCCCGUCACGAACCUCGUCGCGUUCCGCUCCCUCCCGGUGUCGGUCGCCUCCACGUCCGCCGCCUCCGCGGCGAUCGACGCCGAUGUCGGCGUACGCGGCGGGCCGGGCGCGGCGGGGAGGACGUUCUACGACGACUCGAGGGUGUCGUACGCCGUGGAGGUCGGGCGGCGUGGGGGGAUCACCGGGUGGGACGCGAGGCGGGCGGCGUGGAUGCGACUGCGGUACCCGCGCGGGCUCAACGCGACGGCGGCGGGGAGGGAGCGGGUGGUGAUGGUGUCCGGCUCGCAGGCGCCGCCCUGCCGCGGCGAGGGCGGCGACCACCUCCUCUUCCGGUUCCUCAAGAACAAGGUCGACUACUGCCGCCUCCACGGCGUCGAGCUCCUCUACAACAACGCGCUGCUCCAGCCCAGGAUGCUCGCCUACUGGGCCAAGAUCCCCGCCGUGCGCGCCGCCAUGCUCGCCCACCCCGACGCCGAGUGGGUCUGGUGGGUCGACGCCGACGCCGUCUUCACCGACAUGGACUUCUCCCUCCCGCUCCACAAGUACAAGGAUCACAACCUCGUCGUCUAUGGCUGGAACAAGGAGGUGUACGGCGAGCGCUCGUGGGUCGGGCUCAACGCCGGCGUGUUCCUCAUCCGCAACUGCCAGUGGUCGCUCGACUUCAUGGACGCGUGGGCGCGCAUGGGCCCCGCCUCGCCGGAGUACGCCAGGUGGGGGAGCGUGCUCCACGACACGCUCCGGGGGAAGUCCGACAAGGAGUCCGACGACCAGUCGGCGCUCGUCUACCUCCUCUCCGAGCACGAGGAGAAAUGGGGGGCCAAGACCUACCUCGAGAAGGGCUACUUCUUCCAGGGGUACUGGGUGGAGGUCGUCGACCGGCUCGACGACAUCGCGGCGAGGUACGAGGCGGCGGAGCGGCGGCCCUCGGCGGCGGCGGCGCAUCUCCGCCGGCGGCACGCGGAGCGGGAGCACGAGCGGUACGCGGCGGCGAGGAACGCGGCGGUGAGGGGCGCCGUCCCGGGCCCCGCCGGCGGCGGGCAGAGCGGGUGGCGGCGGCCGUUCGUGACGCACUUCACCGGGUGCCAGCCGUGCGGCGGCGAGCCGAACAAGAUCUACUCCAAGAAGAGCUGCGCCGACGGGAUGAACCGCGCGCUCAACUUCGCCGACGACCAGGUGCUCCGGAACUACGGGUACCGCCACAAGGACCCGCUCUCCGACGAGCUUCGGAUCACGGGAGCUUCCAGAAGAAUUACUACAAAACACCUCCAGCUUCGAGAAGAAUUACUACAAAACACCCGAUCCCGGAUCAAGCCACAAAUUGCUCUGCUGACAAAAGAUUAAAGAUCAAUCGAAUUGCAGAUCUCGAGAUGCUUAACAUUUAUUUCAAAUAUUGCAAUGGUUUUUAAACUUAAAACAGCCAGUCAGUUUAGGCUUUACGGAGUAUGUGGCUGAACUGAGAAGAUGUUGUAGUGCAGUGCUGUACUGACAAGGUGCUUAAAGAAAUACUAGUGUGUUUUAAGGUUUGGAGCUC